CGCGGCGCAUAUCUGAAUAUCUGAGCGGCUUCUCGUGAGCUGGAAGUUUGAACCGAGUGAGAGUCUACAUCUCCACGGGUCGGCGGCGUCACUGAGAAUAAAAAAAAGUGGAAAACUCGCCAAGGGGGGCGAGAACCAGAGACUUUCACCCAGUCACCUGUAGGGCGCUGCAGAUGCGCUCCUCCUCAACUUUUUGUCUGCUUUUUCUUUUGAACUUGCUCAUAUAACUUGUUUCCAUUGUUGUUGGACUGUUACGGAUUCAUGCUGAACUGGACAAAAUCUUUUUGUAUAUAUAUAUUUUUUUCAUUGUGAGACCUCACUGGACGAAAUAGCACUCCCAAAGAACUUGAAAAUGGAGACUUCCGACGACUAUUCUGCCCGUAACGGCCAAUGCUCUCCUGAUAAGGAGAACUCUAGGAUGUUGGUGGAUGUGUCUGCGACGAAUGGACAGAUGGUUCCUCAGGGUCCUAAUUCCCUCCGUGAACUGACAGUGAAGCAAGAGGACGAAAUUGCGGAAGAAGACAACAGCAGUCCAGCACCUGAAGAUAUGGACCCAAUGGGGGAUGAAGGAGCAGCGCUGAAGGAGUCUGUGGAUGGCAGUCCCUGCGACGUGCAGGAUGGGCUAUCUGGAGCAAACGGACCUUCUGAUGCAGGAAAUCGACCAGCAAAUGGUGACAGGCCGUUCCAAUGCAACCAGUGUGGUGUGUCGUUCACCCAGAAGGGAAACCUGCUGCGACACGUCAAGCUGCACACAGGAGAAAAACCCUUCAAAUGCCCCUUCUGCAACUAUGCCUGUCGCCGCCGAGAUGCCCUCACCGGUCAUUUGCGCACUCAUUCUGUUGGCAAACCACACAAGUGCAACUACUGCGGACGGAGUUACAAGCAGCGCACCUCGCUAGAAGAGCACAAAGAACGCUGCCACGGAUAUUUGCAGGGAAUUGGCUUGGAUCACUCAUCUAACACCGGCCCUUACACUGGUGAGGUUCCACAGAAAGAAGUCAGGUCCAUGGCAGAGGCCAACACCUUGGCAGUCUUUGAUCGACCCCCGGUCAUAGAAAGACUCCCUCUAGGCAAAAGGAAGAGCACGACUCCUCAGAAAUUUGUGGGUGAGAAGAUGGCUCGCUACAACUAUCAUGAUAUAGGCUAUGAGAUAGGCCUAAAGUUUGAAAAGCCUUCUGAGAUGUUACCACCUCAUUUGAUGGAACAGGCCAUCAACAACGCCAUGCCGUAUCUAGGAUCAGAUGCUCUACGUCCCAUGCUCCACCACCCGGGCCCUCAUUUGUCUAUGGCUGACGUGGUGCCCAUCGUCAACCCCCUCUACCAUCACGUCAUACCACUGGGCCAACGAACAGAGCAUCCAGGAAACUCUGAACCCCUUCCACCACAGCCACACCAGCCUCACGAGUUCCCCAUCCGUCCAACCUCAAAUGGCCCCACCGUCUUAACCAGGCAGAACAAACCACCCCAUCCAGGACAAGAGGAAUCGCCUAGCAACAGUGGUAUGGACUCUGCUGACUCAGCUCGGAGCAGCCCUCAGGACAGACUGGGCUACCAGGGCAGCAUCGCUCCGCCCGGUCUCAGGUCUCGAGCCAGUCCAGCUGUGGUCUACUCCGGGGAACGGGUUAGAGAAGCAUCACCCAGAAGUGGGGGGAGACUGAGACCUGGGAAUAUGCGAGUGGCUGCAGAGAGGCCUGCGAGCCAGGAAGGGGUGCGGGUGUUCGGCCGAGAGGGCCAUGAGUUGCGGGCCUUUCAGUGCGAGCACUGUCAAGUGUUGUUCCUUGACCAUGUCAUGUACACCAUCCACAUGGGUUGCCACGGAUACAGAGAUCCACUAGAGUGCAACAUCUGUGGUCACCGGAGCAAAGACCGCUAUGAGUUCUCCUCUCAUAUAGUCCGCGGAGAGCAUACUUUCCAGUAAGAGCAUGAGCUUGAAGGGGAGGAUUACGAAGUGAAACAAGGCAAUAGCUUGCUCCAAACCGUUUCCCCACGACUCUGCAUUGAUGAAUGGCACUGAGGACAAGUGUAGCACAAUCAAAGACUUCUUUUUAAGCUACUUAUUGUGAAUUGGAACUGUUGUACAAUCACUUGAAGGUAUGGGCCAAAGAGAUAUUUUCUGUAUAUUUAAUUAAUGUAGAAAAAAAAAGAAGUUAAGGUUUUUCACUUGUUUUGUCUUUGUUUUUUCUCUCUUAAAAUGUUGGACUGUCACGCGGAGCAGCUUUUAAAUGGUUUUGAAUUUUAAACGUACCUGUUCAAUUCUUCUUCAGUGCUUCUGCAUUUGUUUAUGCAUAAUCAUAUAACCUGUGGUCUCACGAUGGAGAACAAAUUUGUAAUUUACAAUAGAAUUAAGUAGAUCAACAGGAAGGAAUGCCAUGGUUCUAGGUAAGACUUAAACCAAUGAAUAUAUAAAUAUUACUACUUAGACUAUCAUAAUCUAAAUUAAGCUAUUAUGGAAUAAGUAGGCCUGCAACAAUGACCACAGUGUAUUAUUAUUUGAUACAACUUUUUUUAUAGUGAUCCAUUAAUGUAAGUAUGGAAAACUUGAAGGUUUUGAAUGUAUACUAUGAAGAGAAUCAAUACUAGUGACAGACUAGGAUGUCAAUAAAUAGAAACAGAAACUAGAUUUACAGAUGUAUAUCACAAUUUGUAUAUUUGUAAUUUAUUUUGAGCAAUUGAGGAAUUACUGGCAAGUUAUUUUCAUCGUAAAUGUGCUUUCCUGUUCCAAAACAGUGCAUUUUGUAUCUUAUUUAUACCUCUGUUUUGUGGAAUUUUCAUAGAAGUUUCAUGGGAAAACAAAUAUUUACUCUUUAAAUAAGAAUAGUGAUUAGCUGAUACAGACAACUACCUCUGAACAAAUGCUUUGUAGAGCUUUGCUUGAUGAAUCAGUCCUCAUGAGCAAUUUGCAGUGUAUUUAUCAGCUUUAUACUGUUGUGCUUGAGUAAUAUCUUUAAUUAAAUUAAUUUGGCUUUAGUUUACUCGGCCACUCGCAUAGAUUUUUACAAACCUACUCAUUCCGGUGCUAACAAAUACAAAUCAAAAUCCUAAAUAUUUUACACAUAACUGGAAAUACAAUAAUAUUGUGUAUGUAUGUGUAGAAUCAUGUUUAACUUGGAAAAUGAGUUACUAUUUACUUUUAUUGAAACCGAACCUGUAGCUUGGAGUGAGAUUUAUUUCCCUCCACUACAAUGAGCCUCGAUUCAUCACGCACUUACAAGGUAAAAAUGUAUAUCAUGAAGUAAAACCGUGCUGGGAGGUAAACGAGGAAGCACGUAAAAUUAUUCUUAUCAAACCUGUGACCUUAAAAUGUUUGAUCACCCCCAUCUUUUUCUCAUCCUUUGCUUUCGAAUCCAUAUGUAUAAUCAAGAAUUAAUCUGUCACUAGUGUCUCAACCGCAAGUACAUCCUGGUUACUGAUGGGUUGAGUUACAUGCACUUUCUGUAGAGCAUUAGUGGAGCUUCAAAGUUUCUUCAAAACUGGAAGUACAUCAACAGAAAAAAGUUGUUUAUUGGUUGUUUAACUGUAUAUACAUUCAGUAUGGAGCUUUAUUUCACUGAGGAAAAGGGAGAUCUAGUUAAGACCCAGGAUACUAUCAUGUACCUCACUUUAUGCUUUAUGCAUUCGUCUUUAAUCAAUUCCACUGUGUGGUUUAAGCUUGAUGAACGCAUUUAUUUCUUUUUUCUUCUUUUGCAGCAAACAUCCGCUUUACACGUCCAAGAAAACAUGUUUUAUCUAUUUUGUAGAUCAUGACCAGUGCAGACACAACUGCAGAUAAGGCUGAGCCCUUGUUGCGGUGGCUUCCCCUUAUUAUUGGUUAGAUCGUGUCUGAAUAGGGCCAUCUCCUGAACAAGCACACGCACGCACUGACUCUUGCGCUCUGCAUUGCCAACAUUCAUGUGUGACCUUUUACAACAAGGAUUGUGAAAGAGGCAGCAGGGUAAGAGGAUAAGUUAAUGAGUGCGGUUGUCAUGCAUGAUCGUGGAAAGCCACUUCUAGAAACUGUAGCAAAUGUUCAUAUUCACCUCUAUAAACCUCUAAGAUGAAAGGCGCACAUAAAGGACAAGUUGGAUGUAAGAUAACAUGUUCGGAUUCUCAUCCAUAAGGCCAGUUCUUUCUUUUAUACAGUCUCCCUCUGUGUUUGAUACAGUUGGUCAUGCACUUUAUGUCUAUGAGCCUCUCAUCUAUUUCUUGUUUUCAUAUUAAAGUGUAGCUACAAC